CAGCCAGCGGGACGAUCAACCAGUUUCUUAGGGGUAUCCCACUUCCCGUAUUCUCGGGCGGUAGCGAAGACUGCUUGUUUUUAGACAUUUGUACAUUUAAAUAGAAACAUCAGAACUGAAGCUCCUAGCUAGUAUACUUACUAGUAUAAUAGAUAUGCCUGGAAAGACCUGGAAAGCACCCCCCGAGAAAUUACCUGUUGUGAUCUUCGUAUAUGGUGGCGCGUAUGUAUUUGGUAGUAAAGACUCGCUGCAACCAGAGCUGCCAUUCUACGAUGGGGCUGGUAUGAUAUCACCACCCGGCAAUAGUAUGAUCUUUGUGGCAAUGAAUUAUCGGGUAGGAGCUUUUGGCUUCCUCGCUGGAACUACUAUGGAGAACGAAGGUACACCAAAUGCUGGGCUCUGGGAUCAGAUAAGUGCAUAUAUGGGAACCCUGGAGCGUCGUUGAUUCUAACAUGUUGUCGUGGGA